AGCGCAAAAAGUAGCUGGAAAGCCGUGUUUUUUGCAGAGGGAGUGUAUUCUUGUGAGACUGCUCACCUGUUCUUCUCUAGGUAUGGUCUCAAAAUGCCUCUUGCAGUGGAUUGCACCGCUGAACUGAUUUGUUGCAAGGUCCUGGAUUCAUCUGGCAGACUGAAGUCGCAUGAGCUCAUCCUGUCUUACGGGCUGGCUCUUGUAAGGUUUGUCAACUUGAUCACAGAAAGGAAACAGAAAAUGGUCAGCAUUCCUCUGAGACAAUUAGCCAAAGAGGUGGAUAUCCCCAUCUGGGUUGUGGAUCUCCGUCACGAGCUGACCCACGGGAAGCUGCCACGGCUGGCCCUGUGCCGCAAGGGUUGUGAUGUUGUGCUGGACUGGCUAUGAAAGACGUAUUGGAGCCGUCAGCUAGGCAAUAACUUGUGUGAAGAAAGUGAGGAUGAGGAAGAGGAGCAGGAAGAGGUGGAAGCAAAUGCAGAGUUGGACAAUGAUGCAUGGGAGAUUCAAACCCCACAGCAUGAGGCCUGUCAGAAACACAAGGAAUUCCAUGAAAAAGUCAGAGAUGUGCUGAUAGCCUACAAGACUGAGCAGUUCCGGGUUAUGCAGACUGUGCAGUCUCUUUCGAAGUCUCGAGAACUGUGGUCCGAUUCCUCUUCAGAAGUGGACUGGAUUUUGGCUCAGAUCAAAGACCUGAUGCAAGAGAACAGGGAGACAGUGGCUGAAGCUCUUCUCGGUGAUGGCUUUCUCAUCCCAAAGAUGGAUUGUCUGAAGAUGCUAAAUAUCAAAUAUGAAGCAAAUAAAGAGGUGUGGCAGUUCAAAAUUCCUCAGAUGUUUUACUGCUUUUGGCAGCCUUUGCUGACAGGCCUCCUUUCCCGGAGUUUUACACAGAUCCUACUAGAGAAAAUGUUUGUGGAGUUGAAGGAAUGUUCUGACUCUUCAGAACUCCGUGCUCAGUUCUUGAUCAACUGGAUUUCUGAGAUGCUGACUGGCAUUGGCAAAGUAAACGCUGGUGAGUGGAAGAAAAGACAACACUGUAACAAACAGGUGUCCGUGAAGGAGCUGUUCCUCCAUAAAUUUCCUUUGCAGUGGAUAAGACUGACUGAUAGUUGCUUGGAAGCUCCCUGCUGGGCAACCCCACACCUUCUUCAGCUGAUCCUCACAAUCAUGAGACCUCGCUUGCCACGUUCUUCACGGAAGAACCUUCUCUAUCUCGCUUCUAUUUACACGGCAGGAGGUGGCCCUUUGCCCAGUCCAGGCCUCUCUUCGGACUGCAGUGAACAGCCAAUUUACACUGUAGAGAGCUUACAGUGGAGGGCCAGACAAGAAAAUCAGGUUAAAAAUCAAGGGCAGACUGUAGAGAAACAAGAAGAUGUGCUGGAGAGAGAUGAUGGUGUAGGGGAGGUAGAGGAAGAGGAAGAAGAGAUGGUAACUGAAACAAAUCCUUUGGAAGGACUUGCUCAUUCUGGUAACAUGGUGGCUAUUGCUGAGAAAAGGGCAGCACUGCAAGGGUCCGCCUGGCAGAUCACUGCAGAUGAAGUACGAUGGAAAGACUUCCCUCUUGGGAAACUCCCAGGUCAGACAGAUGACCCUGAUGGUCUCAUGUUGGAUAAUUAUUCCAUGAUGUCCCUGCUUGAUCAGCCAGUGGGAGAUGAGUGGAAGCCUCCCAAUACAAACUCUGCAGAAUUGAAUAUUCCUGUGACAGGAGGAUUGUUAUGGACCCAGAAUGAGUUCCAUAAAAUAAAAAGUGGCCUUCAACUUUUCUAAGACAGCAGAGUGCUCUGCGGCUUUCAGUAUUGCACAAGAUAAGUGGCAUGGAAGAACUAGUAAUGGUGACGGGGAAAUAUCCGCUCCAGGAUUUUUUUUUUUUUUUGUGAAGAUUUGCUGAUUUUUACCAUGUAAAAUCAG